CGUAAUCCUUGUAUCUCAUUUUGGCUACUGUUAUAUCAUGUAGUUUCCAACUAUUGUCAAUUUAUAACUACACAUACUAACAUCCUGGACCUCACUGUCUGCACAAUUGGGUACUGAUAUCAUUUUGAACCUGUAUGGUUUUGGGGAAAAAAAAGUUUGGCUGCAGAAGCUGCUCAGAAUAGGGUGACAUUCGUGGUACGGGGCGUUCAUUCCUUAAUGCUCAUAGUAAGAAAAUUAAUGAUGUGAGCCUUUGUUAAUGUAGUUAUCAAGUUUAUAUUUCUUGCAGAAUUACAAAGCCCAGGGCUUUGGAGGAGCUUGCCUUUCUGCUUUGCCUUGCAGAUCUUUGGCACGCAGUGAAUGAGAGGUUGCAUGGUGAAGCCUUACUCUUCUGUAAGAGUUUCCAUUCAGACUGGGAGUGUUUGAGUGAUUUCAAUUAAAUAGUACCUUGUCUGGGUCAUUAGAAAAGGCUGUGAUUUGUUUGGUUAAAAUCUCACUCGUGCUGUGGGACGGCGCUGAUCCUGCCUGCACUGCGGUGGUGACAUUGUACAACAUGACUCACUGCUCUGGGCCCCGUAGCACCACUGCUGCUGCCCAAUUGGAAUGAACCAUUUCCCAAUGACAUGUGGUAAUAACGCCAGUGAUGACACAGCUCAACCAGUAGUGUUUUGGCAGAACACCUCAAUUAAGUGGUUGUCUGUUCCUCUUUUCAGCUGCCUGCCGCUCCCUCUGCUGUUCUGGGGCAUUCUCUCGUGGGUGUAGGUGAAGAGAGUAGCCAGACCUGUCUGGUGAUGCUCUGCUAUUAAAGGAAGCGGUUCUCUCCUUUCCACCAUCUUUGGUGGAAAGCUCUUCCAUCAGCUUGUCUGAAUCACAGUCAGCUUUGCAGAGUGCCUUUCCCUUCUGUGGGUUGAAUGUUCUCUGAGCCUGGGGAGCCGAAACAGUUCGCAGUGUGAUAGAUGAGCGCUGGGGCUGAUGCCAAGGGAAACUAUAUCGAGUAGUCAAGCUGGGCAAAAACUUGUCCUGCACUUUGGGAAGGGACCUGCGUUGCUGAAGAGUGCUUAGAGCUCCUCACCAGCAUUGGGUAUGACUGGACACAGCUGCAGUGUUCUGGUGGCUGUCAAUGCACACAUCCCUCCGGAUUAUCUUCUUAGGAUCUGUGAGAGACUCGGGCCACUUUUAGACAAGGAAAUCCCACAGAGCGUCUUAGGUGUGCAGACCUUGCUGGGAGUUGGGCGGCAAUCUCUGUUAAGGGCAGCAAAAGAUUUCAGGCACACACUAUGGAAGGGAUCAGCAUUUGCAGCUCUUCACAGAGGCCGGCCUCCCGAACUACCUGUAAAUUAUGGGAAACCACCAAACGUGGUAAAUAUUCUUUCUGCACGGCAAUUAACUGGAUGUGGACGUUUCAGCCACUUGUUCCCAACAUCCACCUACCAACAGAUGAAGAUGCACAAGAGGAUAUUAGGGCAUCUGUCUUCUGUUUACUGUAUAGCCUUUGAUCGCAGUGGGAGAAGAAUUUUUACAGGGUCAGAUGAUUGCUUGGUCAAAAUCUGGGCUACAGAUGAUGGGCGCCUGCUCUCAACGCUGCGAGGGCACUCAGCUGAGAUUUCUGACAUGGCUGUUAACUAUGAGAACACGCUGCUUGCAGCAGGCAGUUGUGAUAAGAUUGUCAGAGUGUGGUGUCUUCGAACCUGUGCCCCAGUUGCAGUCCUGCAGGGCCAUUCUGCUUCCAUUACUUCUAUACAGUUCUCUCCAGCAAGAAAAGGCACAACACGAUACCUCACUUCUACUGGUGCUGAUGGAACAAUCUGUUUCUGGCAGUGGCAUGCAAACACCAUGAAGUUUAAGGAUCGCCCUGUGAAAUUUGCGGAGAGGUCCAGGCCUGGCGUUCAGAUAUCUUGUUCAUCUUUCAGUUCUGGUGGCAUGUUCAUUGCAACAGGUAGUACUGACCACGUGAUAAGAAUAUAUUAUUUGGGCUCAGAGUCUCCAGAGAAAAUGGCAGAGUUGGAAUCUCACACGGACAAAGUUGUCGCAGUCCAGUUCUGUAACAAUGGAGACAGUUUAAGAUUUGUCAGCGGAAGCAGAGAUGGAACGGCAAGAGUAUGGCAAUAUCAUCAGCAAGAAUGGAAGAGUGUAGUCCUGGAUAUGGCAACUAAAAUGACAGGAAACAAUGUAGCAUCUGGAGAGGACAAGGUGACUAAACUGAAGGUUACAAUGGUGGCUUGGGACAGAUAUGAUGCAACUGUCAUCACUGCAGUCAACAAUUUCCUUCUCAAAGUGUGGAACUCAUCCACAGGGCAGCUUCUUCAUAGCUUAUCUGGUCAUGAUGAUGAAGUUUUUGUUCUGGAGGCCCAUCCAUUUGACCAAAGGAUUGUACUUUCCGCGGGUCACGAUGGAAAUAUUUUCAUUUGGGAUAUAGACAAAGGAACAAAAAUUCGUAAUUACUUUAACAUGAUUGAGGGCCAAGGCCAUGGAGCUGUUUUUGAUUGCAAGUUCUCACCAGAUGGACAGCAUUUUGCCUGCACAGACUCUCAUGGACACCUGCUGCUAUUUGGUUUUGGAUGCAGUAAAAAUUAUGAAAAGAUUCCAGAUCAGAUGUUCUUCCAUACAGAUUACCGACCACUGAUCCGUGAUGCAAAUAACUAUGUUUUGGACGAACAGACUCAGCAGGCUCCACAUCUUAUGCCUCCUCCAUUUCUGGUGGAUGUUGAUGGAAAUCCUCAUCCCACGAGAUUCCAGCGGCUGGUACCAGGGAGAGAAAAUUGCAAGGAUGAACAACUUAUUCCUCAGCUGGGUUAUGUAGCUAAUGGUGAUGGUGAAGUAGUUGAACAAGUCAUUGGACAGCAAACUAAUGACCAAGAUGAAAGUAUCCUUGAUGGGAUGAUCAGAGAGCUACAAAGGGAGCAGGAUCUGAGACUAAUCAAUGAAGGAGAAACUCUUCCAAACCCUCCACUCAAUAGAUCUCACUCUGUUAAUGGAGCUCUUCGAAGUCCAGCCUUGGAAAUUGCAUCUCCACCAAACGUUGGUCUCCGGAGAAGCGGUCAGAUUGAAGGGGUCCGGCAAAUGCAUCACAAUGCUCCCCGAAGUCAAAUGGCAACAGAGAGAGAUCUCAUGGCAUGGAGCAGAAGAGUAGUGGUGAAUGAGCUUCCUCCAGGCAUCAGCAGGGUCCAGGAAGAAUGUCGAGCUGCCAAAGGUGAAAUUGAAAUUGGUUUAUACACUGUUGAAAAGAAGAGAAAGCCAUCCCAUACCUUACAACGGAAUGAUUACCAACCUGGAAGUGGAAGAUCUUUGAGAAGGAACCAGCGCAAACGCCAGCACGCGUAUCAGACCCGCUCCACGAUAGAGCACAGUCAGCAAGGAGCAAGUCAAAACUCACGUGCACGGGAAGAGUCAGACAGCUCCUCAGAGGAAGAUGAGACAGUUGGCACAAGUGAUGCAUCUGUGGAUGAUCCUGUGGCAACAUGGCAAAGUGACAGCAGCUCCAGUGAUUCAUCAAGUGAAUAUUCUGACUGGACAGCUGAUGCUGGAAUUAAUCUCCAGCCUCCAAAGAGACAAACGAGGCAGGCGGCUCGGAAAAUCUGUAGUAGUUCUGAAGAUGAAAAUGUGAAGGGAACAAAAGGAGUGGAGCAAAAACGAAGGAAACUAAAACAACCUAGAAAAAAGAAACCAAGUGGACUGCUUUCAAUGGAAGGGGAGCCCAGUGAGGAGUGGCUGGCCCCGCAGUGGAUCUUGGACACCAUACCGCGCCGCUCACCUUUUGUCCCGCAAAUGGGAGAUGAGAUCAUAUACUUCAGGCAAGGCCAUGAAGCUUAUGUGCGGGCAGUAAGAAAAGCAAAAAUUUACAGUAUUAACAUGCAAAAACAACCAUGGAACAAAAUGGAACUCAGGGAACAAGAAUUUGUGAAGACUGUAGGAAUUAAAUAUGAAGUUGGGCCCCCUACACUUUGCUGCUUGAAGCUUGCAUUCCUAGAUCCAAUCACAGGCAAAAUGACAGGAGAAUCAUUUUCCAUUAAGUAUCAUGAUAUGCCAGAUGUUAUUGACUUCCUUGUGCUGCAUCAGUUUUAUAAUGAAGCCAAAGAGAGGAACUGGCAAAUAGGGGAUAGAUUUCGCAGUAUAAUAGAUGAUGCUUGGUGGUUUGGAACUGUGGAGAGUCAGCAGCCUUUUCAGGCAGAAUACCCUGAUAGUUCCUUCCAGUGCUACUCUGUUCACUGGGACAAUAAUGAAAGAGAGAAAAUGAGUCCAUGGGACAUGGAACCAAUUCCAGAAGGAACUGCUUAUCCAGAGGAGGUUGGUGCUGGAGUCCCUGUGACUCCAGAUGAGCUGACGGCUCUUCUCUACAAACCCCAGGAAGGAGAAUGGGGGGCCCAUUCCAGAGAUGAAGAAUGUGAGCGAGUAAUUCGGGGGAUUGAGCAACUUCUUUCUCUUGACAUUUCUAAUCCCUUUGCUGUUCCAGUGGACCUUAGUGCCUAUCCCAUGUAUUGCACUGUAGUUGCUUAUCCCACUGACCUCACCACAAUCAGGAGGAGACUUGAAAACAGGUUUUAUAGGAGAAUCUCUGCACUGAUGUGGGAGGUACGAUACAUUGAACACAAUGCCAGGACUUUCAAUGAGCCAGACAGUCCUAUAGUCAAAGCAGCCAAAAUUGUAACAGAUGUGUUACUUCGUUUCAUUGGGGAUCAGAGUUGUACGGAUAUAUUAGAUAUAUAUAAUAAGGUGAAAGCAGAAGAUCUGAGCAGUACUGAUGAAGAGGAAGAGGUGGCAGAAGUAGAUGUAGAUUCAGAUGCUCCAGGAACUUCCUCUGGAAAACGACGACAGGUAAGAAGACGAAUAAAAAGACAGCCUGUGAAUAGAAGUCCUGACGCUUGGAAAGAGCAAUGCAAGCAGUUGUUAAACCUGAUUUAUGAAAGAGAGGACUCUGAGCCUUUUAGACAGCCAGUUGACCUCUUCUCCUAUCCUGAUUACCGAGAUAUUGUUGACACUCCUAUGGACUUCAGCACUGUGAAAGAAACCUUGGAAGCAGGGAAUUACACUAGUCCCUUGGAAUUCUACAAAGAUAUUCGUUUAAUAUUCUGCAACUCUAAAGCUUACACUCCUAAUAAAAAGUCUCGAAUUUACAGCAUGACACUUCGACUAUCUGCCUUAUUUGAAAAUCAUAUGAAGAAUAUCAUCUCUGAGUACAAGUCAGCAAUGCAAUGCCAGAAGAGGAAAAGGCCCCGGUACCGAAAACGACUAAGAAGCAGCAGCAGUUCACCAUCAACUAGCAGAGCCUCUAGUCCAAAAGGGAAACAGAAGCAAAUGAAGAUUCAACCUAAAACCAACCUGAAUACCUCAUUGCCUUUGACUAGGACCAGCUCUUCAGUUUCAUCUCAUGUUUCAGAUACAACAGAGGAACCUCUGGGUUCAGCCACUGGUGAAGAAGUGGAAGUCCAGCCGUCUUCCUCAGGCUCAAAUGCACAGAAUCGAAGUGGAAAUACCAUUGAUCCAGGGAAAAUUAAACCAAUCAGAAGUAAAGUGACACCAGUGAAACAAGAUCACUCUCCUGAUGGACCACUUACAAAUGGUGAUGGCAGAGAACCUCGGACAGGAGUGAAGAGGAAGCUAAUAAGUGCAUCAGAAGAUGAGCAUCUAGAGGAGGGAGAGGCAGAGGAAGAAGAAAAAAGAGAAUUAAAGGAAAAAUCUGGUUUGUCUUCAUCAGAAAGUGGGGAAUCAGGAUCUAGUUCAAGUUCUGAAAGUAGAAGUGGCUCUGAUUCAGACUCUGAAUCAACAUCUAGAACAGAUCAGGAUUACAUUGAUGGAGACCAUGACUACAGCAAAGUUGUGCAAUCCAAAAAACCCAAAAGAAAAAUCAAAAGAAAAUUCACCAGUGGGAAAAGGACCUGGCAGAGCAGAGGGACAGGGAGGAGGGGUAGGUGGGGAAGGUGGGGGAGAUGGAGCAGAGGGGGAAGAGGCGGUAGAGGUGGAAGAGGCUGUGGCAGAGGAAGAAGAGGUGGUGGCAGGGGUGGAAGAAGAGGCCGAGGAGGCAGAGGAGCCUCACGAGGAGCCACCAGAGCCAAACGUGCCCGAAUUACAGAUGACGAAUUUGAAACUCUGUUUGGAGGACAAUUUGGUGAAAAUGUGUUUGGAGGCCGAUUCAGUAGAGCACCUCGAAUCAGAACGAGGAAUGAGGGUAGAAGAACUGUGCUCUAUAACGACGAUUCUGAUAAUGACAAUUUUGUGCACACCGAGGAUCCUUUGAACCUUGGUACUUCCAGGUCAGGCAGGGUGCGGAAAAUGACAGAAAAAGCCAGGGUCAGCCAUCUCAUGGGAUGGAAUUAUUGACAGAUGAAAAACUUUGGAACAAUUUUAAAAAGAACUUCAAUGGCCUUCUACUGCAGGGAUUUUACCAGAAAAUCUACCAAGCAAGUUGUGCGGGGACUCCACUCACGUUUCACAGUGGUGCUUUUCCAUUAUGUCGGUUUGCGUUUGUUUUGAAACUUUAGACGCCACACUUCAUUGGUCAAAGCAAGCCUUAUUCAUGAGGCCUUAAAUUACAGAAAUUCUUCCCCACGCACUACGAGUUCAUCGCAUUAAAGAGGCUUCCAGCUUCUCAAUAAGAACGUGACAUUUUGAAUCAUGGUUAUGACUUCUCUCCCUUGUUUUGUUUUUGUAUUAUAGAAAUAGCACCUUCUUACAGAGUUUUUAUGUGGUUUUUGCCAUAAACCCUUAUACACAGUAAUAAUUAUAACUUUUGCACAAUACACCAAUCCUAAAGGCAGCUAUAAAAUGUUUACAGUUUCUAUAUUGUAAGAAGGAUCUGGAUUAUUUUAAUCUUCCCAGGCCAAACAGUCGUGAAUUGCGCUGAACUGAAGUAUGUCUAUACUACAGUCAUGAGGGUCCUGAUGUGCUUUCUAUCGGUUCUUCAUUCGUGUAAAAAGUGACAAAGGGUUGGUGCCUUGUAAAUAUGUAGCAAACCUUUGAUGUGGUGUGUCCUAUGUGUGCAUUAACUUUAUUAAAAAGAGAAUACUUGAGAAGUAUGAAUAUCUAGACAAAAGGUGCCAAAUGCAAAA